UGCACAUGCGGUGACGUCAUAGAACGACAGCCCAACCAAGGCCUUGUUGUAUCAGAAGCAUAUUUCAGUUAGUUUUCAGCUGACUUGAGAUGGCAACAUUCGCAUCGCAAGCACAACAAGCUGCAGGAUGGUCCCAACAGUAUGGUGGAGGUAAUGGAGAAAUGAAACCAGAAUGGGAAAAAGCAAGAAAGGCUCUAGAAAAUAUGGGAGCUACCAGUGUUUCCCCACAGAAGCCAAAGAAGAAUUCUCCAUCUGUUGCACCACCCCCUCCUCCCCCUCCACCACCUGCUGAAGUUGAUGGACCUCCAGGACCUCCUGGGACAUGGUCAAUGUAUGGUCAUAACUACAAUAUGUAUCAACCCUAUACUUACCAAAAUUACUAUGGAAAUGGGAUGCCUCAAGGGCCCAUGUAUGGUCAGAGUGCUGGACCAAGUCCGUAUGACCAAAGGCCUCCUUUCAAUGGUUAUGGACCAAGGAUGUCAGAAGCAAGAGCAGAGGAUCAGCAUCAUCAGUCAAUGGACGAAGACUUCAGAAUAGGAGAAGAACGACAAGAUGAAAGGAGAGACAUGGGACCAAGGCAUCAAUCAGAUGUCCCUUCAAAUCAACAAAGGCCCACAUAUCCAUACCCUCAGCAGAACGGACCACGGUUCCAACCUAGAAAGCAGGCACCAGGAGCUGGAGGCAUCAGGUUUCAGAUUCCGAAGAGAAACAUGCAGGGAGGAGGAGGAGGAGGUGGGCCAGUGAAACGUUUCAUGGUUCCCCGGUCACUUAGGUCAAUGGCACCCAACAGUGAAAAACCAGAACCACCUCGUCAGCCUCAACAUAAUGAACAUCUCCCUCCAGCACCACAGACAAAUGGAAUGAGCUCAAAGACUGAGAAAGCAGAGAUGGUAGCUGAAUGGCCUCCAACACUGAAGGCAUAUGUACAGAGGGCAUUUGCAAGUGUGAAGAAUGACAUGAUGAAAGACCAAGUUGAGUCAUGGUUGAAAACCCACCUCACUCAGUUAUUUGAGUCAGGAGAAGCAAUGGCAAUAGAUUGGGACAAUGAACCUUUGCCAACUGUCUUCAGUGCUGCCCCUAGCCAUGGUCCGAAGGCUAAGAGAAGUAGAUGGGAGUUAGAGCAGGCGAGACAAAGAAGGGGGCGUGGUGUCCGGGGUCCAUACACAAACAACAGGGUUCCCACCUACAGAAGGUCUAGGUCAAGAUCACGCUCAAGGUCCAAGAGCUUCAGUAGGUCCAGGUCACGAUCAAGGUCACCACCAAAUCGUAGGAAAGGACCACGCCGUUACCAGAAAAGUGAAAGCUCAAGUUCCUUAAGUUCAGAUGAAGAUCGCUAUUCAAAUCCUAAAGACAAGAGGAAAUUUGGCAAGUUACCCAAUAGAGGCCGAGGACGGGGAAACAGAGGCCGAGGUGGCAGUAAAGAUGACAAAAAGGAAAAUACCCAGGGUUUUGGCAAAAAGAAUAAAAAGGGUAGGCUUAGUUUAAGUGACAUCAAGUUAGAUUUCCAUGAUCCAGAAAAGGCAGCAAGAAUGCAGAAGAGAGCUGCCCGUUUUGGUGCUCAGUUGGAUGAAGAUACAAGCAGGACGCCUCGUCAGAAACUGACAUUAACAAUUAACAACCUAUAUUCAAAUGAUGAGUUUGACCUCAGUAGCUGUCGUGUUGUUGGAACAUGCACAAAUCUGGAAAAACAGUACCUCAGACUCACAUCAGCUCCCAGUGCUGGCACCAUCCGCCCACCUUCUGUAUUGAAACAGUCCCUGAGGAUGGUACAAAAAGACUGGAAGGAAAAGAAUGACUAUAGAUAUGCAUGUGAACAGCUCAAGUCCGUACGCCAGGAUCUGACAGUUCAAGGAAUCCGAGAUCAGUUGACUGUAGAUGUGUAUGAAACACAUGCAAGAAUUGCAAUGGAAAAGGGUGACCACGAGGAGUUCAACCAGUGUCAGACUCAGCUGAAACUGCUGUACCAAGAGGGGAUCAAGGGGAACCAUAUUGAAUUCACUGCUUACAGGAUACUCUACUACAUCUUUACAUCAAACACCCUUGAUCUGACAACGGUGCUUGCAUCUUUAUCACCAGAACACAGGGCAGAUGAAUGUGUCAAACAUUCGUUGCUCGUUAGGUCAUCAUGGGCACUUAAUAAUUAUCAUUCUUUUUCAAGCUCUACAGUAAAUGCUCCAAAAAUGUCAGGCUACCUCAUGGACUGGUUUGUUGACAGAGUUAGGAAGAAUGCGCGGCCAAGGCUAUUGUUAAGUCGCAUGCGUAUUUGUAUAUACAUUUUUCUCUUGGUUAUUUUUAAGAAACAUGAAAUUUUGCAAAUAUUCCAUUUAUGUUUUCUGUUUACAUUUGAAAUUUGUAUAUACAGUUUCACAACAAUUUUGGAUAGAACUUCAGUGAUACAAAAUCCAAUUUCAAGUAAUGGUGGGGUAUCCUGUUAAGGGUUCAAUUGUCAUUCUGAAAGCCUGGGUUAGAAUCAGCUCACAGUAUUAUGUGUGAAGCCUUUUUAUGUUUUUUCGCCAUGAUAUUGCUAAAAGGCUACUCGUUUUAUAAAGUGGAUGAUUUCUGUUGUGUAGUUUUAAUGGGUAAGUUAAGGGUGAGUAACAAAGAUGCAUGCAAUAGUUUGUGCUCAAGAGGUAAGUAUUGGAGGUUGAAUUAAUUAUUUUGGUAAGUACAUAUAUUGAGCAAUCAAAAUACUCUGGUAAGUAAAGUAAUACAGAUGAUAUAUUAUUUUCUGAUACCAUGAAUUUGUGUUUAACUCUUUGUCCUCUCUUCUCUUUUUCAUCGUUGGUGUCUCUUCCAUCCUGGUGUAACCACAUGUGUAGGUAUCGUCCCAUGCUGCCUAUUUGUUUCAUCCAGAGUGAGUUAGUGUUCCCUGACCAGGAAAAGGUCAUGGAAUUUCUUAAAGAGAAGGGUGCUGUAUUAAAUGCUGAAUCAACCAAGGUGGACUGCAAGCAAUCCAGCACAGCUGUUCAGAGUUGUUAGUGAUGGCUCAUCAUACACCCAUGUGUCCAAGGAUGUGGGGCACAAGUUAAUUGCAGGAAGUGUUUAUCUCGUCAACAUGGUCACCAUCCUUUGCCAUGGACUUCGAUUUGCCUUGAGGAUACCAAAGCUCAAGAAAAGGGGAAGGGUCAUUUGGGUGGGUAGGUGGGUGGUUCUUUGGCUUACAUAUGGUUCUAGUUGUGCUGAAGUGGAAGUGCAUCUGAAGAUCUACAGAUGAACUUUAUUUUUUGCAAGUGUGUGUUCCUGUUUCCCCGAGGAGAUUUGCCAUUGUCAUCUUUGGCAAAAGCAAAGGACUUUUCUUGUUGCAUCUUUGCUCAAGAAGUAUUUUGCACCAGUAGUUUCAUUCAGGUCAUUGACACCUGUCAAACGUAAUCUUCUGAAGUUAAAAGAAGAGGAUUAGGUCCAGUACCUACGUUAUGAACAGUAUCAUUUUUAAGAAGUGUUGCAGUUGGAAGUGUUUUGAUCUGUAAUGCCGGGUAAGCUGAGGAGAUGUUCACCAUUAAGGAUCAAUCCACACUUUUUGGCAUUUUGAAUGAACUUUAAGAUAUAAAAUUCUGAGAAGAACCAAAUAUCAAGAUGAAGAGGAUCUGUUCCAUUUGUUUUUUCUGAAUCCAAUGCUGAUGAGUAGUUGGGUAAGCUGUUAUUAAAGAAGGUAAUCCAGUCAAGCGCCGUUGAUCUUGAAUGUUCAGCAUUGUUUUUGGAAUUAAAGGUUUGAAAAUCGUUUUCAAGAAGUAGGUUCCAGUCAGGCUAUGGAAGUCAAGUCUUUUUUUUCUGAUGUUGAAGUGACUCUUAAUGUGCUAAGGACUCUGCUGUACCGGUCAUAUUUUGGAAGAAGUAAAGGGAAUUAAAUGGUGAGUGAUCAGAAAAUUGAAGAGGAUCAAUCCCAUGCCAGCUGUAAAGAUUCAAGCCAGUCCACUGAAGUAUUAUCUUAUAGCUUCCUUCAACAAGUUACAUCUGCAGUGUGGAUCAGUCUACAGGAAACCAGAUGGUGUGGGCUUUAAGAAGUGGUUUGGGCAUGAUUGGGAAGGGUAGAGGGAGGUUGGUGGGAGGGGGAGGAGCAGCAGCAGGUGGUCUUCACCGUUCUAAAGUUCCAUAUCAUUGUUUGUGCUUAAUCUUUCUUUCUGCCGUGUCUGUGCAGGUUUUCAGCUUCAGUGAAGAAGAACCAACAGAUUUUGAACAUUUUGAGAUCAAUCUGUAUGAAGAAGUGCUAAGAGAUAAGAUUAUGUUUCUGAAAUCCUUCCUGAGAAUGUGGACUGUUCCAGAUGAUCCAAGAUGAGUAGCUGUCAACAGUUAAACGUAAUCAUGUGAAAUGAUCUUUCUUUAACAAAUCUACUCUCGAUCGCUGAAACACUUUUGUUAGCUUUCUAGCUGUGACAGUAGUGAUUCCUUGGAGUGUGCUUCAAUGAUCGUAUUGAUGUCCUGUGAUAUUUUCCCCAACUGGAGACACUCAAUUUAUUGCCUUUAUCAUAUUUGUUACAUGUAUAAUGUUGUAUUUUUCUUUUUCAUGUACACAUAUUCAUGAUAUUUUAUCUAUAGGUAUUUUUUUCCAGAGAUAGAUUAAUGUACAAAUUUGUACAUAAAAUAAAUCAUGAACCUAAA